AGGAUACGCAAGUCGCGGGUCGUUUGCUAGAAAUUUUGCAAUGCCGUCGCUCCAAGUCGCCAAGGAGUUCCCCGAUGGAUUGUUCUUCGUGGAUCGAUCCUUUGCUCGCAAAUCCAUGCCCAAGUCCCUCUGCGUGGAAGCGGAUCCUAGCGGCAAUCCAAUCGCCUCGAGAGACGUAACCAUCGACGAGAAGCUCCGGAUCUGGGCGAGGGUCUUUCUCCCCAAAGGUAAGAACGAAAAGCUUCCAGUAGUGCUCUACUUCCAUGGCGGCGGAUUCGUGUCCUUCACCGCGAAUACCUUGGAGUUCCAUGUCCUCUGCGAGAGCAUCUCCAAGAAACUGGGAGCUCUCGUGAUCUCUGUCAAUUACCGCCUAGCUCCCGAGAACCGGCUCCCGGCGGCUUACGACGAUGGAUUCGCGGCGCUCAAAUGGCUCGCUCAAGAACAGGGAGGCCGCAAGGAUCCGUGGAUCGCUGCCCACGCCGAUCUCUCCAAGAUCCUGGUGAUGGGCGAUAGCGCUGGGGGCAAUCUCGCGCACCAUGUCGCAAUGCGAGCGGCGGCGGAGGAUUUGGGCGAGCUCCAGAUCAAAGGGCGCGUCUUGAUCCAGCCAUUCUUUGGCGGCAUUGUUCGGCUUCCUUCCGAGACCAAUCUCCAGUCACCCACUUCGCUGCUCAGCACGGAUAUGUGCGAUCGGUUCUGGGAGCUGGCACUGCCGGUUGGAGCGAGCAGGAAUCAUCCCUACUGCCGCGUCUUUGCGCCGGAUCUGAAGGCCCAGCUGCGCGAGCUCGAUCUGCCCAGCACCCUCGUCGUCGCCGGCGGGCUCGACGUGCUGCGCGAUCGCGCGCUGGAAUUCGUGGAGGUGAUGCGCGAAUGUGGGAUGGAUCCGGAGCUUUUGCUGCUCGAGGCCGCGGAUCACGCCUUCUAUGUUGCUCCAGGAUCCCGGGAAGUGGCACAAUUCUUGGACAAACUAUGUUCGUUCGCGCGAGGCAUAUUCGUUUCAUCCUAAAGCAUAUUCGUUGUUUUGCUA